AUGUCGAGGAAAAGGCCGUUCGAGCAAACCGUGCUGGAACAUGUUUCAACUCCUCUUUCCCAAGGCUCCUCUAUAACGAGACAGACGAGGAAUUUGAGAGACGAAGGCGAGAGUCUGUCUAGCCCACGUCGGGCACAUACUCCCAUUCCGUCCGAAUAUUCUACUUCUCGACCGUCGUUGCCCGUGCCUCUGUCUCACGCAACGGAAAUAUCAACGAAUUUACAGAGUAUUUUUGAUCACUCCAGCCUCUUGAUUGGGACAAUAGCCUCUCUCACAAGCACCGGCUCUGUUGGGGGCACCUCGGUUCAACCCCAUGGCUCGAAUGCCCCCAUUUUAUCCGCGCUGACCGAUCAGUCACUCUCUCCAGACUGUCCAGUGCGGAUUUCAGAUGAGGCGUCUGAUCGCCUAGUUCAGAUUUACCUUGAGAGAGUCAACCCACGCUACCCAUUCCUUCAUUUGGAUACUUUCCUUGGCUGGUAUGAAUCUUGGAAGGACGGAUCACGCGCGAAUACGCCCAGAGACCAGGAUCUCCUAUGGCAAGAAUUCUUUGUGAUCAUGGUGCAUGCUGUCGCUCUUCUUCUAACACCCCAAGUCUCCCUUGGUGACAUUGCUACAUCACAGGCUUUAUACAAUACGGCAAUGAAAUAUCUUGCCCACGUUUUUGUACAGCCGGACUCUAUCUUACAUGCCCAGGCAUAUCUUCUCUUGACGCUGCAUGCCCUCCAUUCUCCAUCAUCCCAAAUGAUUGUCACAAUUGUGUCGGCGAUGAUGAGAUACUGUGUCAUGGCAGAGCUACAUUUGGCCGAAAGUGAACCAAGAGUACCUAAUCCAGCAUUCUCUUUAGAGGUCCAGACUCGCCGCCGAGUCUUUUGGUCGGCUUAUGCUUUGGAUCGAUUCAUCAGUUGGAUCUACCAUAUUCCCAACAAUAUCAUCGACGAGCACAUCAGUGUACCGCUCUUUUCAAACGUCGGGGACGCUGACCUUCACGGCAUGGAAUCAAGUGAUAACAAUAUCAGGAUCGAGACACCGUCACAGAAAACGCAUGUGUCACCAGCUCUCCAUUUGUUUCGAUGUCGGCGUAUUCAAUCCCGGAUUAUCAGUACCAUGAUGCGUUCCGAUUUUGAAAGCAUCGACAACACAACAACCUGGCGAGAGCACAUGCUAGGAGAACUAGAUACAUGGAGAGCCCAGCUCGGGCUCUUGAGUGAUGUAGCUUCAAAAAGCUACGCAAGUGAUCGCUGGGUUGGCAUGGCGUACAACUAUACCAUUCUUCUCUUGCAUCAACCAACCAAGGACAAUAUCUACGAUGGCUUCGGAGACCGCUCGAUCCCGGCUUGUGUCCAAAUUGCCUUGACAUUUAGGACUUUUCAGAAAGACCGACAAACGGCACAGCUAUGGCCGGGGCUUUUGAGCCAAGUCUCCGUCGGUAUCACGUUGCUUUACUGCUUUUGGGCAACGCCCUCUCAGCAUCAAACUCCGGCGUACCAUUCAAGAGAAGUUCCAGAGGCAUUGCGGGCCUGCUCAAUCUCGCUUGCCAUUCUUGCUGAGCGAUGGGUUCAAGCUGAGCCGCUUCGCGAUGUCUUUGAUGUUCUAGCAAAGGAAGUCCCACUUCAAGGCACAAGGGAUGAUGCUCCGCGUCGUAUCUCGGCAGAGUCUGCUUCCUAUAUUAGGUCUCAGUUGCCUCUUCUUACUUCGAUGAUCAUGCACCGUGGUGUAUUACGCAUGAUACGCGAGAUUGCCACGGAGGACUUCCCUGGGAGUCCAAGGGAAGGUUUUGAGGGUGCACUGCCGCCGCUUGACGGGGGUAUACCUCAAAGUCUGAGUGGUCAUUUGUGUGGUCCAGAAUGUCCAUUCUUCCGUGAGCCAGGGCAACCCGACGCUAUGGCUGCAGUAGACUCCCAGGUAUAUCGUCCACUAGAACACGGAAUCGACAAUGCCUUUGGGAUUGAUGACGAGACACUUGUUUAUCCACUCCUUUUUGGCUCUGCGGAGUUUUGA